AUGGCGACCACCAAGAUCGAGUAUGUCACCAAGACCAUGGCGUCCGAGUCAACCUCUACUUCUCUCCCGGACGUGGAAAUGAGCGACGUUCUUGAGAUGUCACUGGAGUUUGGACCACCUCGACAAGUCCCGGGGUGCCCCCCGUCACCCGAAUCUACAGAAGAAGAUAUGGUACAGCCAAAGAUCAAGCUGAGUGGUCUUCCAUCAUUUUGGCUUGGUCCGCCAUCUCUAGCCGCUGGUCUUUCCCGUGCCGCUUGCUUUGGUCUUCCUAAGCAAUCAAGUACGACCACGAACUCCGCUCGAAUGGCUCGAUCUACCAUCAACAAGUCUCAUGGAAGUGAAAAGACGUCCCUGCUCCCUGGAAGACGACAAAACUCUAUUACUGGCCGUGGCAAGAAAAGAGCCCUUGAUACAGGAGAUGAAGAAUACAAACCUGUGAAGGCUGCCAAGAUUGCGCCAAAGAACACGAAGAAGGCUACCAGCAGAGCCAAUCGGAAGGCUACUCAAAAGGCAAUCAAAACGCUUUCGGAUUUCUCAAUCGAGUAGCUCGACUCCGUGUUGAUUACUUUAGGCUCCAUCACAGUCAACAUCAGCGUCUUCACUCUCCUCAACUGCCACUACAUCCGUUUGCGGUUCGGGCCAGUGGAGCCUACUCCAAAAGGUGAGCAUCGAAGUAUCAGGGAUUGAUAGAGGUCUGACUAGAUUAUCUGCAGUGAUGGG